GGGGAAGGAAAAGAAGAAGUUGUAGAACCGAGAAUUAGGUCUGGCUUCUAGUUCUACAAAUUCUUCAUUUUCGAUGGAAAGCUCACUCAUCCGAGAUGAACCACCUUUUUUCUUGCCUCCUGAGCUCACGAUGGAAUAAGUACUUCUCUAUUUCCCACGCCCAUAUAUCAUUUUUUUCUGCGGGCAUGAUAUUAAGUACACAUGAUCAUAGCUGUAUCAUAUUUGAAACUUUCUCAAUGACACGACUCUGAGCUCCAGACUCCUGGCAUCAAUUGCACGACCACAAUGAGCAAACGACCACAAUAGUGCCUC